UGCUUUCUUGGCUCCGAACGUGUGGCAGAGAGAGGGCAAUAGUUCGAGAGAGCAGCAAACGUGUGUGUUUGGUGAGAAAGAGGGACAUCAAGCAUGGCACUCGCAGCAAGCAGGCCUGGGCUGGUAAAAAAUACGAAUCCGUCGGGUGGGUUUAGUGUUUAGUCGCUCUCGGUGUGUGCAGCACACAUAAACAAAGUUCCCGGUGAGUUAGCGAUCGACUUGUGCCGUUGGAAGUUUUGUGAUUUUUGUGAUAAAUCGUGCAUAAAUAUUGUGAUGAUGAGCUAUCGGUAUCGAUUUGAUUGGUAAACGAUAGAAUUAAUCAAGUUUUACGCGUUGGUGAUGCCAGUCAAACGAUCAAUCUAGGUCAUAGCCUACUAUAAUGUGCAGUAAGUGAUCACGAUAAGCGCGUGAUUGACACGAAAUCGGCCAAAACGAUCAGCCCGAGCGAUAGCAAUCAAACGGAAAUGUCAAACUUUUAUCGCAAUAGUGCGAUUUUCCCGUGAAGGUGUUUUUCCUUGGUUCUGUUUUGAACUGGCAGUUCGCUCUCUCUCACUCUACCGUGGGGGCUCUUGCAGUGUAUGUGUGUAUACAUGCAUGAGCGAACCAUCUACAGUAGUGAGCAGCAAGUGUUGGUGCAUUUGUGUGUGAGUGGAGUGGCACAGUGGAAAAAAGUGUUGCAAUAUAUGUAUCGUUACCAGGGUUUCGCACGUGCAACCACUCGCCGACAACCUGUCAAACAAAAGUUUAUUUGAGAAGCGAUAUUUUUGCUGGUUCUUUGUUCUGCGCGACCACACUGUAAUUUUAUUCAUGUUUGUAAUAAAUAUUAAAGUUGAAAUAUUUUUCUGCCGAUAAAAGCGAGAAGAUUGUGAACAAAGUUGUUACUUAGCGGAAAGCGAUAAAAAGUCCGAUAGACGCACAGCAGGCGGACGCGUCGGCGGCGGCGGCAGUGUGGGUACGGUGGAAAGUGCAAAUACAAAAUCAGCAUUUCCAUCGCAAUCUAACCGUUUGGAUCUUUUGGUCCUGUGUCUCGUAUUCGGCUGGUGCGGUGGUGAGGUUUUAACUUCAACAACAACGCCAGAAAAAGAGGGAAAAAACAGUGACGAAAUUGCAAUCACGCAGACCAAAAAACAAAUGGGCAUUCAAUAAAUAAAAAUACACAUUUUAUGCGAUUUCUGCCGUAUCUUCCACAAAUGACUCAUAAACAAGCGGCUGAUGCUGUUGCCGGUGCUGCUGCAAGCGAAGCGUCGUCGACCGCAAGCGACAAAUUCGACGCAACCAAAUCAUCAUAAAAACAUAAACGUCAAAAUAAAACACCACGGAUCGCCACCUCGCGAUUUCGGCUGCUCCACAUGAGGCCCGGGCUGAUUCUGGCUGUGCGAUUUCUGCACCAAUCGGUUCUCCAGCCGUGAGCACGUUCCGGAACGGCAUGUUAUCAUCCCCCGAAUAAUGAAAUAAUAACACGAACAACGUGAAAAUAAAUAGCGGCACCGGGUGCGCGGCCAUCUUUGUCACUGUUGGUUAGCGGAACAACUGUCAGCUGUGCUCGUGUAUGCCGUGUUGCUUAUCUGCACAGAUUUUCCUCGAUUUAGGGUAGAGUAGGAGGAAGAGAGCAAAUUUCAUCGCAAAACUAGCAAGUGUUGGAGCAAACAAAAACAACAAUAGUUAGGUGCGAUUGGCAGUAAAAAUUGACCGGUCGUUUCCCGGCUGCUGUCGGAUCGAACAAGCCACGCGCGCGCGGUUUUGUUCGCGCGAGGCUGGUAAAAGGCAACGGUGCGCACUCGAGUCACCGUGGAGACACAGCAGCCGACUAUGACGGUGGAGUUGAGCCUCGAAGCAGUCGUAAUGGGAGACGAUGAGGAAGCUGCUGAUGAGCAGCAAUCGUUACCACAGGAACAGCAAGUGAACUCCUCAUCAAGCGCCAGUAGCAGCAGCACAUCCAACGGCAGCGAAGUUGCACCCGAAACGGAUAUGAUCAAUUCUCAACCGGCAUCAAUCCAAAACGAGCCGGAGGAAGAUCCGUCAAUGGAUCAGGAUACCGCUUCAUCACCAGCGGCCCCUAACAACAGUAGAUCACCUUCAGUUGCAUCACCACCUCCUCCUACAUCUAACACAACUAUGUUCAAACCGGAACCGCAGCAGAAUUUAUCUCCACUGGAGAAGGUGGAAAUUAAAAUUGAACCUGAUAUGUUGGACGAACCCCACCAGAGAUCCCCCGAAGGGACCAAGGACGAGAACAGUAAAUCUCCUAUACUGAGUUCCGCUCAGUUACCCAUGCUUAGACUGAAUAUUGCAUUAGCAUCCGAUCCGGCGGCCAACCCGGACGCUAAAGAUCUUAAAAACAUAACCGCGGCUAAUGAUAGUCAGUUUGAAAAGUCAAUCGAGUCGGAUUUCUCCGGUGCUGCCCCUCCCCCACAGGCAGUAAUUCGAAAACCAAAUAAACCUGAAAUUACGAUUCCGAUAAACGUCGAUCUUCCCCCACGGAUACCGAUGUUCAUGUGUGGACCGUGUGGGAUUCGAUUCUCAUCCGCUUCGACUCUCGAAGCCCACCAAACCUACUACUGCUCACACCGCAAAGAUGCCGACGAAAACAGUGGAGGCGUAAAGAAUGCAAACUCCAACGACCCAAACAGUUCCGAGCCACCGGCAAAGGCGGCCAAAACUGGCAAGCAGUACGCCUGUACCCAGUGUUCGUACAGUGCGGACAAAAAGGUCUCUCUAAAUCGGCACAUGCGCAUGCAUCAGUCAUCACCGGCGCCGAGCUCCAACGCAUCCAAUGGUGACGACAGUACAGCUAGUCAACAGCUUCAGCUACAGUUCCAGGCUCAAGCAGCGGCAGCAGCUGCUGCAGCCGCCGCCGUACUCCAGCAACAGCAACAACAGCCACCUCAGGUCGACCGUUACUGUUCCGAUUGUGAUAUUCGAUUCUCUAGCACCAAGACUUAUCGGGCGCACAAACAACACUACUGCAGCUCCCGGCACAGAGAAGGUCAAUCAAACAACAGUACACCAAAACCUCCACAAAAAUCCGGUUCACAGAGCCCUCCGGACGUCCCGAAAACACCGCCUGUGGCACCGCAACAACCAUUCCUGGCACUACCAACAAACCCUAUAAUAGUGAUCCCCUACUCGCUAAUACGCGGUGCUAGCGUCAUUCCAGGAUUGCUAUCGUCCCUCGCACCAGGCAUUUCAAAUCCGGAGUCUGCAUGCUUCUUUUUCCAAAACGGCACUCUACAACCCAUUGCCGUGUCGCUGGCUUCGGCUACAGCGGCCGCGGCUGCUGCAGCAGCAGCUGCCGCAACAGUCGCCGCAAAUGUUGCCACGUCACAGCAACAACCGCAAGCCCCAUCUCUUAGCCACCAUGGUAAUUCACAAGCAAACUCCGGCAGCUCAAGCUCUCAAUCACGUGUUCAGACACCGAAUGUGGGAAGCGACAACAGCUCCAACAGCACCGGGGAAGUGUUAAAGGCAGUAAACAAGAGAGAAAAUAUUAAAGAAUCUUCAACUCCAUUGGACCUCUCGGUGCGCCGCCUAUCUCCAGGAGGGAAUCUCCGCGAACGAUCGCUCUCCCUUUCCUCAGCCAUAUCAGUCGACCAGCUCCGGAUGGAUUUCGACAACCUGAUGGAGGGUAAAGAGAAUCUCUCGGUCAGUGGCGAUUCGAUCACCCCGGAACAGAUCGUAUGCGCACCAUCGUUGCCGGGAAGUCCUCCACUCACACCAUCACCCAAACGUCGCUCGAACAGCCCGCGUGGAGGUGGUGGCUCCGGUGGAAGUGUCACUGGUUCCCGAAGUGACCGCGAAGGAUCUGUCUCAAUAUCUCCACUCACGCUGCAGCAGCAACAGCAACAGUUACUAAUGCGUCCACUACUCCCCGCUGACAUUGCUCUGCGUCUUUCAGCCGGCGACCCAGCUCUCAACUUGAACCUCAACAUUCUCCCCAACUCUCCACUACUCACCAAGCAGGGCGUUGAGCUGGCCCUUCGGCUAUCAUCCACGGUCAACAGCAACAACGUUGAUCACAUGUCCCACAAAAAUCUCCCUCAACCACAAAUGUCUCCUCUGUUGAACAGCAUCUCGCCGACCAACAGUGUUCAGGUGCCAGUCCUAUCCAGCACUCCGCAGAUCUUCGUCAAACAAGGUGAUUCCAAGUGCAAAGAGUGCAACAUCGUGUUCUGCAAGUACGAAAACUUUGUAGCCCACAAGAAACACUACUGCUCGGCUCGAAAUCUGGACGGCGAUGGUGACAGUUCGAAGGUCAGUCCACCGAUUUCACCUCAAGCGGCUAGCCCUUCCAAUACGAGCGGCAGUGCAAACGCAGGCGGUACGCAAAGAUCGACCGGUCCGGGACAGGCCAUGGCGUACCAGCAGCUGAUUUGCGCAGCCUGCGGUAUCAAGUUCACCUCGUUGGAUAAUCUCAGUGCUCAUCAAAUGUACUACUGUCCGAAACGGGUUGAUGUGCAGAUGCCGACCAAUGUAACACCACAAAAGGAGAGAUGCUCCAAGUGUAAAAGUAUGCAUGAACCAGGCCAGGCAUGUACUGUGGCGGGUCAGGGUGCCUACAAGUGUCCUAUUUGCGAAGCUAUAAGUCCAAACUCAACGGAAGCUCGCCGCCAUAUGGACACUCACGGGGGCGUGAAGGCUUUUCGGUGUACCAUCUGUCGGUACAAGGGGAAUACCCUACGCGGCAUGCGUACCCACAUCCGCAUGCACUUCGACAAAAAGUCCAACGACUUUAACGAGGAGAACUACAUCACCUGCAUCCUGGAGGAGAAUGGUAUCGAAAUUCCACCAGCGGCUGCCGUUGCAUCAGCAACAGCAGCUGCUGCAGCCGCCGCGCAGCUCAUGAACCAAGCAGCCGCGGCGGCUCAAGCCGCUAGUCAAUCUCAACAGCCACCGUUACCUCCGCCACCGCUAGUCGGCGAUAAUAAAAUUAAUCAGGCGGCCCACGGUGGACAGAUGAAUUUCUGCGAACUGUGUCCAUAUUAUUCGACUUACAAAAUUAAUGUGGCAAAACAUAUCAAAUUUGUUCAUAGCCGCGAGCGGCCACCAAGCAAUUCUCCCUUGAUCGGCGAAGGUGGCGAAUCAUUGAUCUUCAACGGUGACAGUGGUAGCUCUACACCUCGACCACCGGUUAGCAGCACUCCUGGACCAUCGGCCAACAGUGUCAUAAAAACUGAACCAGAAGACGACCGACCGGAGGAUCCCGAUGUGGACGUUGACGUCGUUAUGGAAGAACCGGAAGUCAUAAUAAAAACAGAACUCUCGGAACCGCACGGAUCUGGUCCGAUGGGUUCUCCACCGCCUCCGGCACUAGUUCCGAGUCAAUCUCACCAGCUGAAGCUGAAAUCUCUAGCCGCCAGCAGCCACGGCACUAUCGUCAAAAACUCCCCCAGCCAUCAGCAACAAGCCAAGACCCCAUCACCACCGUCCUUCCUGGGGGAAAUCAACCACAGUGGUCCUAACUAUUGUGCCCCAUGCGAUAUCACCUUCAACUAUGUCGAUACGUACAUUGCUCACAAGAAAUUCUACUGUAAAAAUAUCCAGCCGGAGAGCGGGUCUUCAUCGGUAGGUGGUGCUCCGACUAGCAUCCGGGCGGCUACUAGCGGCUCUCCGAACAACGUUGUCGCAGUAACCAGAGCAACCAAAACUUCUGUCUAAACUAUAUAGCGUUCGCCGUCGAGGUUCGUUUCCAAUGCACCUUAGGGAAAAAUCAAUAAGUGGGGAAGAGGCAAUUGUAUACGGAAAACAAUCGAAAAAUAAUUGAUAUGAUGAAUUUACAAACACACAGAAAAAUGUAUACGGUUUUAUCAAAUUAUCGUUAACGCAGAACCGAAAUCAAGACACACAAGCAUUAAUAUACAUUGACGUUACUGUGUUAUAUUUGUAAUAACUGACCUAUAGAUUUAGCACUGGAAUCUUAACAUUCUAACAGUUAGUCUUACUAAUCUUGAACGUAAUAGUAAUUAUGAUAAACUAUAUCCUUAGAAGCUCAAAAGCUGUGUAAAAUAAACAAUUACAGAUGCAAAAGUGUAAUAACUAAAGGCACGUUGAUCGCCGUUGACCUUCGCCCUACGACGGUUUUAUGAGUUAAUUUUCGGUUCAAACCAGCAACAGCCGUUUUGUUUUAUUAAUUAAUUGUAAUGUUUUACCAAAGUUAGCGCGUUGUUUUCAAAUUUUCUGUUUUAAGUUUCAACCAAUACGUAUGACUUCCAAUUUGAAUCAAGACUUAAGCGAUGUUUGCAUUUAUAGUAGCAGUUUAUUGUAAGCAACUACACUACCAUGUAAAUCUGUGUAAAAAAUUAUAGCAAAACGCCCGUCGUUGUAAGUCAUAAACUCGAAUUUACCUACUAAAGUGAAAUAAUCUGUGUAGCAAGUAAUGAUAUAAAGUUAAAAUUCCACAUUAGAAACACUUUUUACCAAUAGUAAACUACAGAUUUCCCUUUCAGCUGCUGAAAAAGCUUGUAUAAUACAAUUAAAUCGCGGAAGCAAAAUGCCAUAUAAAAACCUACCAUACACUACUAUUUUAUCACUGAUACAACGCUAUUUUUUCUUGUUUCUGCUAAACGAAACAAUGCGGCUUCAAAUACAAUAGUUUAUCCGCCGAAAUCCUAGUAUCAAAAUCAUACACUCCGAAAAGUAAAGGUGUAAAUUCGAUGUAAAAUCCAUAUGUUUGGCGUCUGUUAUGGUUAAAAACAACAACAUAACAGCAAAUGACAAUAAAUUAUUAUUUAUCGACUAAAAAGCGAAUUGUGAAGAGAUGUGAAACAAAAUCAUUGUAGAUGCAUAAUAAUUGAAGCAAAAUCAUAACAAAUGGAACAGAGGAAAAACGUUCGAAAAUUGAAGAAUAAAAGUG